AUGGCGUAUUUCAUAGCUCAGUCAAGUUUAUUUUAUUCGCCGAACCAUGCAGAGCUCGAAAAUGACCUCUACUACAAGCCAACUGGAACAAAGUCUAAGAGGACUUCAGAUUCUGACUCGCAAGAAACGUCUACUAAGGUGCAAUGGGUGCCCUCUAAAUACACUCCAGACGUAACUCAGUACGUUCUCAUAGAGCCUUCCCGGGCUCCAUGCGGCAAUCGUUGGCUGUUUGGGUUUCCUCUUAUCAAGAAGGAACUUUGGGACAUGGGGACCAUUGCUUUCAAACAACUUCAGCCAGACGAACCUUUACCAGACAACAAUGCCUUCAUCGCCAUGAUUGGCUCAAAUGAAAAUUUAGCAGACAUUGCCCAGACACUAGCCGUUUUACCGCAUCUCCAUCACGCUUCCAUUGGUUCCGGCAAGUACUCGAAGCUUUUGCGCACCUUGAUUUUAUCUUGA